UUGACCCAAAUUCUCGGUAAACCUAAAACGCUUAAAUCAAACCGCAAGCUAAAUUUGGAGUUCCGUCAUAUUCGUGACUUUUCUCUGUUUAUGAUAGUUUCCAAUAGUGAAUCAUGUCGCGAUUCUUUCCUAUGAUUUUUCUCUGGUCUCGUUCUAUUUACUCGUACAUUUGGAGUGAUGAAAAGGGGGAAAACUUAAAAUGUCGAGCAAGUAUAUGGCCUUUGUCUACUGUAUUGCAUGUCAUCUCCAAUGAUGAAACUAGGUCCACUACUGGACGACGUCGCAUUGCCGUCAGUCCCCAUCGAGCUUCGUUUCGUGAUUAUGCCAUUGGACAGUAUGAAAAUCGUCUCAGAUUGUACUCACAUCCUAUGAAGAUUUUUCGAUAUUUUGCCACCAUUAAGAUGAAGAACAAAUCUGGUAAAUGGGAACUAUAUAUGACUCCCAACGAUUUCCUGAGAUCAAUUCAACCCGGAGCCAGGCAGCCGGAUAGAUUGGGCCUAGACAAAUAUCAAAUUUUUGAUGAGAAUGUUGCCAAGAGUUGGCGGCCGAAUGUCAGGAAGGACAGUAUUUUCUUGAAGAUGACGAAGUCAGGUUUGCUAACCUACAGUGACUAUGUGUUCCUGAACAUUCUAAUAUCCAUACCCGAGCGAAACAUUCGAAUUGGCUUUAAGCUAUUCGAUUUGAAUGGUGAUGGCAACGUGACAAUAGAAGAAUUGGAGCAAUUUCUUCUGGCUAUUACCAGGGGUGAAGCAUCCAUAAGAGCGUCUCACCUGAAGAACAUUCUCUUUGGAUCUCGAGCUGAAAGGACACUGAGUAUUAAUGAUUUUUUGGAGUUUCUAAACCAAUUGCAUACAGAAAUCCACACGCAGCAGUUUCGUAAUCUUCUGAAGAAUUCCAAAUCUGUGAUCUCCGAACUGGACUUUGCCAAGGUGGUGCUGGGCUUUAGUUAUUCCCACAGAAGGCGACGCGAAACUCUAAAGCGGGUUAAAGAAAAGUUUGGCCAGACGAAACGUGGAAUAAAUCUAAACGAAUUCCUGGCCUUUUUCCGAUUUGUACAAGAUGUUAGUAUCAUGGACAAUGAGCUUGCCUUCUACUAUUUGACCGGUGCGGAUAUAUCACCCAAAACCCUGCAACAUAUCUCACGUGUGGUGUCCGGCGUUGAACUCUCCGAACAUCUUACGGAUGUCAUUUUCUCCAUCUUUGAUCGUGAUUGCGACAAUAAGAUCCAGCGAAAGGACUUUACCACAAUGAGGCAACAGUGGAUGCAUCCGGUACCAUUGCGAAAAAAUCUAAGGUUCACAUCCACGAUAUGUAUUCUGUGCAAGUGUUCCUUGCGAUUUCUGCCGUCCUGGAUGUAUAAGAGACCAUCCACAGAAUAUAGGCCCCUUUGGUGAUGUCCUUUGGAAGCGUAAACGAUUUUAGUUCAAUGACAAUAUUAAACUGCUAGUUGAAUGUGAUAUUAGUAUGUCGUGUAUCUGUAUCUGUACCUUGUGAACAAUUUGUAAUCAACAAAAAUUAACUUUGCUUCUAUAUAAAGUGGUUUUUAUAGGAUUUAGAUAUAUUAU